AUGGCUUCCAAGUGCUUGAAGGCCAGCUUCUCUUCGGGGUCUCUCAAGGGCCCGGGAGCGGCCGGCGGGGGCUCCGCUCGCGUGUCCGCAAUGUACUCCAGUGGCUCCUGCAAGCUCCCCAGCCUCUCCCUCGGGGCCCGGAGCUUCUCUGCGUGCUCCGUGGGGCUGGGCCGGAGCGGCUGCAGGGCGGCCAGCUGCCUGCCCGCUCUCUGCCUCCCGUACGGAGGCUUUGCCACCAGCUCCAGCGUGGGCGGGGGCUGGUUCGGGGAAGGCGUCCUCGCCGGCAGCGAGAAGGAGACCAUGCAGUCCCUGAACGACCGCCUGGCCAGCUACCUGGAGAAGGUGCGCCAGCUGGAGCGGGACAACGCCAGCCUGGAGAGCCGCAUCCGGGAGUGGUGUGAGCAGCAGGUGCCCUACCUGUGCCCCGACUACCAGUCCUACUUCCGGACCAUCGAGGAGCUCCAGAAGAAGACCCUGUGCACCAAGGCAGAGAACGCCAGGCUCGUGGUGCAGAUCGACAACGCCAAGCUGGCCGCAGACGACUUCAGAACCAAGUACGAGACGGAGCUGUCCAUGCGGCAGCUGGUGGAGUCAGACAUGAACGGCCUGCGCAGGAUCCUGGACGAUCUGACCCUGUGCAAGGCCGACCUGGAGGCCCAGGUGGAGUCCCUGAAGGAGGAGCUGCUAUGCCUCAAGAAGAACCACGAGGAGGAAGUGAACUCACUUCGGUGUCAGCUUGGUGACCGGCUCAAUGUCGAGGUGGACGCUGCCCCGCCUGUUGACUUGAACCGUGUUCUGGAUGAGAUGAGAUGCCAGUAUGAGACCCUGGUGGAGAAUAACCGCCGUGAUGCUGAAGAAUGGUUCAACACCCAGACCGAGGAGCUGAACCAGCAGGUGGUGUCCAGCUCGGAGCAGCUGCAAUCCUGCCAGGCGGAGAUCAUCGAGCUGAGACGCACGGUCAACGCCCUGGAGAUCGAGCUGCAGGCCCAGCAGAGCAUGAGAGAUGCUUUGGAAUCCACCCUGGCGGAGACCGAGGCGCGCUACAGCUCCCAGCUGGCCCAGAUGCAGUGCCUGAUCAGCAACGUGGAGGCCCAGUUGGCCGAGAUCCGGGCUGACCUGGAGCGGCAGAACCAGGAGUACCAGGUGCUGCUGGACGUGCGGGCCCGGCUGGAGGGCGAGAUCAACACGUACCGGGGCCUGCUGGAGAGCGAGGACUGCAAGCUGCCCUGUAACCCGUGUGCUCCUGACCACUCGCCUUCCAAGGCCUGCCUCCCCUGUCUUCCUGCGGCCUCCUGUGGUCCAGGCGCUGUCCACACAACCUGCAGCCCCCGCCCCAUCUGUGUGCCCUGCCCGGGGGGCCGGUUCUAA